ACCAUCGAUACAAAAAUGGAGAAGAAUACUGAAGGAACCCUGGCCAUUGUAUUGCUGGUUUUAAUACAAGGUGUUCUGGCCUCUGGUGCUGUGGAGGUCCGGCCCUCCAUCAACCCUGCUGUAGUCGGGACCUCUGUGACGCUGUCUCUGUCUCCUUCGACCGCUCUGAAAAGUGGAAGCUGGGCAGUGGGAGAGUCCCUCAUACUCACCUGGCUGGGAGACCAGCAGGCAGUCUUCCCCAGUUACAGCGGCAGGGCGUCAGUCAACGUCCUCACUGGAGCUCUCAACCUGAGCUCCGUCACGGUAGCAGACUCGGGAGUCUACGUGGUGCAGAGCAGUGACACCCAGCUUAAGGCCAAUGCUUCCAUCACUGUUCUAGAGCCCAUUUCAAAUGUGACCCUGAGAGCCAAUCAAACUGAACUGAUGGAGUUCAACAGUUCAGCUGUUGCUACCUGCUCCAUCUCUUCUGGAUCCUCUCUCUCUUUCCUCUGGAUGAACGGCAGCUCUGAGGUUACAGCCAGUAACAGAGUUCAAUUCACUGAUAGAAACUCCACUCUCACAAUAGUUAAUGUGACCCGCUAUGACCAGGGACCGUUCAGGUGUUGUGUGUCUAAUCCUGUCAGUAAUGGAACCAGUAAUCCACUAAACUUUACUAUCAGCUAUGGUCCAGAUAACAUGGCGCUAACCGUGAACAAACAGAACAUCACUUCCUUUCUCAUUGGUUCCAAUCUAACUAUGCUCUGUUCAGUACAGUCUAAUCCUCCAGCUCAGCUUAGGUGGGCUUUCAGAGGAGAGCGUGUGAACACUACGGGUCCAUUGUUGGAGCUGUUCAAUGUCAGCGAGAGCCAAAGCGGAGCAUAUUCCUGUCUGGCCUUCAACAAUCACACCAACAUGAACAGCAAUAUCACCGCAUACAUCAUGAUAGCAACUGCAAAUAUUCCGCAGAUUUAUGCCUCUAUGAACCCGUUACCAGUGGGAAACAAUGUCACACUUUUCAGCCAGCUCCCUAUUACCACAGGGGCAUGGAUGUUCAACAAUCAAAUCAUUGUGAUGAUAUUCCCGGGAGGUCAGAUCAUAACUAACACUUGGAGUAACAGGGUUACAUUCAAUUCAACCACUUCAUCAUUGACUAUAAUGUCACUACAGCUGGAAGACUCUGGAGUGUACACGUUACAGUCAGUGAAUAAUUUUCUUGCUCAGUUAACACUAUCAGUCCAAGUGCCUAUUUCAAAUGUGACUCUGAGGGCAAAUGCAACCAACCUGGUGGAGUUCAAUGACACAGCAGUUCUCAUGUGCUCUGUGCUCUACGGCUCGUCCCUGUCUUAUGUUUGGCUAAACGGCAGCUCUGUGGUUACAACCGGUGGUAUGGUGCAGCUCAGCAAUGGAGGCGCCACUCUCACCAUAGUCAGUGUGACCCGCUAUGAUCAGGGGCCGUUCAGGUGCAAUGUGUCCAAUGGUGUGAGCCAAGAAGUCAGUCUCCCUGUACUUCUGAACAUCAGCUAUGGUCCAAGUAACACAACAAUGACGAUCAUGCCCAUGAGAUCCACCUACAUAACAGGAUCUAACAUCACACUGUCGUGUUCAGCUGACUCCAUUCCUCCAGCGAUAAUCCAGUGGAUGGUUGAUGGGAUGUAUCUAAAUCAGUCUGGCCCACAGCUUCAACUACAGAUGGUUAAAGAGAGCAACUCGGGAAAUUACCAAUGCUUAUUUUACAACACAGUCACGCUCCUGUUCAGCAGCAAAAGUGCAAUGAUCAAUAUUUUAGAGCCAAUAGUAGCAGUUGUGGUGAAUCACACAGGUGGACCAGUAAUACUUCAUGAGAGAUUAAUUCUGCAUUGUGAAGUGACUGGAGUUGUUGCCAGCAUUCAGUGGUGGAGAAAUGGUCAUCUUAUUACUGCUGACAAUACAACAGAAAUAAACAACAAGACACUGAUUAUCUUAUCAGUCCAACUAUCAGAUAAUGGAAAUUAUCAGUGUCAGGCUUUUAAUUCUGUGAGCAACAUGACCAGCAGCCCCUACACAGUUCAAGUAAACUAUGGACCGCAGAAGCCAACUAUAAUGGGACCAAAUAUGACAAAGACAGGAGUCAAUGCCACAUUCAGCUGCUAUGCAUCAUCCAACCCUACCAGCUCCUACAAAUGGUUCUUCAAUGAUUCUCUAGUGGCCAAUACAUCUGAGUAUGUCACACCUCUUCUUACCAAAGAAAUGAGUGGAACGUACACCUGCAUGGCCUUCAACAACAUCACCGGCAAAAACAGCACUGCCUACAAAAUGCUCACUGUUUUGGCUCCAGUGACUAUGGCCUCAAUAAAAAUUGUUGGCGCUCAGCCGAUCCUGAACCACACUUUCACUUUAACCUGUGAGGCAUCUGGAGAUGUGGAUUUCAUUAUCUGGAUGUAUGAUUGGUCCCAACUGUAUGCUGACAACACAAGAAACUUCUCAAUGGACCAAGCCACCCUCACCUUUGAUCCUGUCAUGAACUCUGACAAUGGAAAUUAUCAGUGUAUAGCUUCCAACGCACUCAGCAGCUCAUCAAGCCAAAACUUUACACUGGAGGUUUUUUAUGGACCGCAGAUGCCAACUAUAAUGGGACCAAAUAUGGCAAAGACAGGAGUCAAUGCCACAUUCAGCUGCUACGCAUCAUCCAACCCUACCAGCUCCUACAAAUGGUUCUUCAAUGAUUCUCUAGUGGCCAAUACAUCUGAGUAUGUCACACCUCUUCUUACCAAAGAAAUGAGUGGAACGUACACCUGCAUGGCCUUCAACAACAUCACCGGCAAAAACAGCACUGCCUACACGAUGCUCACUGUUUUGGCUCCAGUGACUAUGGCCUCAAUCAAAAUUGUCGGCGCUCAGCCGAUCCAGAACCACACUUUCGCUUUAACCUGUGAGGCAUCUGGAGAUGUGGAUUUCAUUAUCUGGAUGUAUGAUUGGUCCCAACUGUAUGCUGACAACACAAGAAACUUCUCAAUGGACCAAGCCACCCUCACCUUUGAUCCUGUCAUGAACUCUGACAAUGGAAAUUAUCAGUGUAUAGCUUCCAACCCAUUCAGCAGCUCAUCAAGCCAAAACUUUACACUGGAGGUUUUUUAUGGACCGCAGAUGCCAACUAUAAUGGGACCAAAUAUGGCAAAGACAGGAGACAAUGCCACAUUCAGCUGCUACGCAUCAUCCAACCCUACCAGCUCCUACAAAUGGUUCUUCAAUGAUUCUCUGGUGGCCAAUACAUCUGAGUAUGUCACACCUCUUCUUACCAAAGAAAUGAGUGGAACGUACACCUGCAUGGCCUUCAACAACAUCACCGGCAAAAACAGCUCUGCCUACACGAUGCUCACUGUUUUGGCUCCAGUGACCAUGGCGUCAAUCAAAAUUGUUGGCGCUCAGCCGAUCCUGAACCACACUUUCACUUUAACCUGUGAGGCAUCUGGAGAUGUGGAUUUCAUUAUCUGGAUGUAUGAUUGGUCCCAACUGUAUGCUGACAACACAAGAAACUUCUCAAUGGACCAAGCCACCCUCACCUUUGAUCCUGUCAUGAACUCUGACAAUGGAAAUUAUCAGUGUAUAGCUUCCAACCCAUUCAGCAGCUCAUCAAGCCAAAACUUUACACUGGAGGUUUUUUAUGGACCACAGAUGCCAACUAUAAUGGGACCAAAUAUGGCAAAGACAGGAGUCAAUGCCACAUUCAGCUGCUACGCAUCAUCAAACCCUACCAGCUCCUACAAAUGGUUCUUCAAUGAUUCUCUGGUGGCCAAUACGUCUGAGUAUGUCACACCUCUUCUUACCAAAGAAAUGAGUGGAACGUACACCUGCAUGGCCUUCAACAACAUCACCGGCAAAAACAGCACUGCCUACACGAUGCUCACUGUUUUUGAUCAUUUAAAAUAUGUACACGUAGAAACACCUAUGACUCCUGCCAUAGCAGGUAAUUCUUAUAAUCUAAUGUGCAAUGUGAGUGGACCUGCUGGGGAUGUUUACUGGAUGAAAAAUGGUGAGCCACUGCAUGAAGACAACAGAACUGUUUUCUCAAUGGAUAAGAAGACAGUCACCUUCAACCCACUUGGACAAAAUGAUACUGGGCUCUACCAGUGUAUGGUUAUUAAUGCUGGUUGGAACAUGACCAGCGCUCCUUACAUGCUCAUUGUGAACUUUGGACCAGAAAAACCCAUGAUUGAAGGGCCAGCUUUUGCUGAGACAGGACAUAACGCAAGUUUUCAAUGUUCUGCCAUGUCAGUGCCUCCCAGUCAAUUCAGCUGGUGGUUCAAUGGCUCCAAGGUGUCCAAUACUUCAAUGUUUAAAACUGACCUUCUGUCUUUAAAUAUGAGUGGAGAAUACACCUGCAUGGCUUACAAUUAUAUUACAAAAAAGAACAGCACAAACUCCAAGAUGCUCACAGUCGUUGAGCCAAUAGAGUCAGUGAUGAUCAGAAACAACACCGUUCCAAUAAAUUCUAAAAACUUCACUCUCACUUGUGACGUUACUGGGCCCUAUGACAUGAUCUACUGGAUGAAGGACAACAUGAACCUCAACAUGACAAACCUCACCUCAACCCCUCACAUGUCCUACCACAUUAAAAACAACAUGCUGCACUUCACUCCAUUGACGAUGUACAGUGAUGGGACAUAUCAGUGUGUCGCUACCAAUCAUGCUGGUCCACAUAAAAGCCCCCAAUACACGCUCCUGGUGAACUAUGGCCCUCUGAGUGUGAAUAUCUCUGGUCCAGGUUCAGCUAAAGUUAACCUACAAGUGUCCUUGAAUUGCUCUGCUGUUUCUCGGCCAGAUUGUAACUUCCAGUGGUUCUUUAACAAUAACUCGAUGGCUCUCAAUACUGGCUCUGUUAUCACUUUCCUUGCAAACAAAGGGACUGAGGGAAGCUACAUGUGUAAGGCAACGAACCCUGUGACCAACAUCACAAUGUACCAGACCAAAGCCUUUACUCUCACUGCUCUUAGCUCACGCCUCGGCCCUCCAUUUCACAUCCCAAGGCGGUCUGAUGUUGAUGAGUCUGUUUGCUUUGUCUGUGCCUGUGCUGUUCAGCUAAGUCCUCCGCACUGAGAAAUCCAGUAAAACUGAAAGGCCUCUUGCUCCCUCUACAGUCUUAACAGUCAUUUAUUAAUUAACGGGAAAGUAUAGUAAAUAAUCUGAUGCCAUGGUAUCAGUUCUUGUGGGUUUUGUUUGAAAGUAAAAUAAGAAUUUGGAAAUGUGACAGACUUUGAUUGAAGUUACAGUUUGUUGUUAGAUAUUUCCUUUUGUCAGAUAUAUUUUAAUUAACGUACAAUACAGAUUAGUAACAUUGACACUGACAAUGAAAUGGUAAAUCAUCUUAUUAUUGCAUUGCCUGUUAUUGCCUGUUCGUUAUUAGCAAGUAAAAGUGGUUGUUGUUGUUGUUGUUACUGCCAUUCAGGCAGUUUAAUACAAUUCAUUAAUGCAUAAAUUAACAAGUGUGUUCCCUUAAAACACCUUCAUACUAUUUUGGUACAAACUGCAAUUCUUCACUCUGAACACCUGGAAGCUUUUUACAUGCGUGAUAAUAUUAAAACUGUAAUUUAUUUCUUAAUCAAUAAAUAAUCAACCCAA